GAGUUGGUUAAGAGCACAAGCAAAAGCAAAACCCCAUUUAGUAAAACUAUGGGGUCUUCAAUGGCCUCUCUUUUGGCCACUCUUUUAGUGGUAACUAUCUCUCUUGGCCUGCCUUUUGAAACUUCUGCUGAUGAUCACUAUCUUUACUCUUCUCCUCCACCACCCAAGAAGCCUUACCACUACAAAUCUCCACCACCUCCGCCACCGGUGUACAAGUCACCACCACCCCCAGUUUACAAAUCUCCACCACCUCCAAAGAAACCCUACAAAUACAAGUCCCCCCCACCCCCACCACCAGUUUACAAGUCUCCACCACCACCACCAAAGAAGCCUUAUAAAUACAAGUCUCCACCACCACCAACUCCGGUUUACAAGUCUCCUCCUCCACCGGUGUAUAAGUCACCACCACCACCACACAAAAAGCCAUACAAGUACAAGUCCCCACCACCACCACCUCCAGUCCACAAGUUUCCACCACCAGCACCCAAGAAACCUUACAAGUACAAGUCUCCACCACCUCCUCCGGUUUAUAAGUCUCCUCCGCCACCUCCACCAGUCUAUAAGUCUCCUCCUCCUCCCAAGAAGCCAUAUAAGUACAAAUCCCCACCUCCUCCUCCUGUUUACAAGUCUCCACCUCCUCCCAAGAAGCCUUACAAGUACAAGUCCCCACCGCCUCCACCGGUUUACAAGUCUCCUCCUCCACCGGUGUAUAAGUCACCACCACCACCACACAAAAAGCCAUACAAGUACAAGUCCCCACCACCACCACCUCCAGUCCACAAGUUUCCACCACCACCACCCAAGAAGCCUUACAAGUACAAGUCUCCUCCACCCCCACCAGUUUACAAAUCUCCUCCACCACCUCCUCCCGUUUACAAGUCUCCACCACCUCCUCACAAAAAGCCAUACAAAUACAAAUCCCCACCUCCUCCUCCAGUUUACAAGUCCCCUCCUCCUCCUCAUUACAUCUACUCUUCACCCCCUCCUCCACACCACUACUAGAAAGUGUGCCUUUGAUGUCUAGCUUCCUUUUCAGGAGAAAGAAGAGAAAACAGUAUCAAAAUAAAGAAAGGGACAUAGUAUGAAGAGCUCGAUAUCUAGAGUGUGAAAGAAGUUAAGCGGGUUUCCGCGUUUGGUUUUAUUGUAUUAUCUUUGUUAAUUAGAAGAAGAAUAACAAGAUGCAUGUAAAAAAGAAAUUAAUUAUGAAAAGACUGCUCGAUGUGAUUUUCAUGCACUGAAUGCUUCUGUAAUAGUACUCCUCUUUGUUUCUAUUCUGGUCCACCUCGUUGAGCUGUAAUGUAAUUUUCAAUCUUUUUUGCAAAGCAAUGCAGAGAUUGUCCGUGUAAUAAAAUGAAAAUUUUAAUGGAUUUUCUUAUCAUGAA